CCUUCCUUUCCACCAACCUCAAAAUGAAGCGCCUGCGGAUCCCCAGCGAUGAUUUUGUCCACAACCCACAGACGCCGCCGUCUAUAAAUUCUGCCGUCUCUCUUUUCUCGACAGAGUCGGAGGUCUAUAUUCCGAAGGGACUUUCUGCUGUUCCAGAGGCGGCUACGGAAAAUGGUACGGAGAAUUUCCUUGAGAGAUGCUUUUUAUGCAAGAAGAGACUCAACCACAACAAUGAAGUCUACAUGUAUGGAAUUUUCCAGGCGUUUUGUACGCCUGAAUGCCGUGUCAAACAGAUUGACAUUGACAGCAAGAUGAAGGAAGUUUAUAAUCAAUCGGGAGGAGCAAUUGGUAGCUCACUGACUGAGGAGGUGCACGGCUUGCAUUUUAUAGAUUGGUCUGCCCUUCGCUUCACGGAAUAACCUAAUUGGUAGAGAAUAUAUCACUACCUGUACAGUUAGCUUAGAUUAGCAUCCAUUUAUAUGCUUUUCCAGGCUAAAACUUUUCAUUAAGCUUUAGCGGUGGUAUAUAUAUAACGCCCUAGUGUUUAAUUAUGUUUAAGAUUUAGCUAUAUAUGUUCGUGAUGCAGAUAUGUAUUGAAUAAUUGAUGAAAUGAAAC